AUGAAUGACGGUCUUAAGAUUAAAUUUACCCAAAUUCACAGACAAAAAGCCAUUGCUGACAUCCUAGAUUUCAGAUAUGUCGAUGAAGUUGCCAGAAAAUCCAGAGAUACCAACAACGAGAACCACAUUUGCAUCAAAGCUCUUUCAUCUCCGAGUGGGAACCCUGCUGAAUACAUUCUGACACUUAUACAAGACUCACAGAUGUAUUUCAAGAGGCAGAGGAGAAUGAGGAAGCUUGAGAAGCAGAUGGAGCCAACAGUUGCCGCACAACACAUUUCAGGAAAAUUUGUUGAUGACCAAGGAAACACUCAUCCACCAGAAAUCGACUUGUUUGUUGGCCAAGACUUGAAAUCAUCUAUUGGUCUUGACAAAGUCUGGUUCCCUCUUUCAUUCACGCAGAAACAAGUCAUGGACAAAUGCAAGGAAGUUCUCGGAUUAAACAACAGAAAAGAAGAGUUCAUUCCUUUGAUUUACUUCGAGAAAAGACCUCAAUAUCUUACAUCGGAUACCAUGACUCUCCAGGAAUUGAACAUCACAAGGCCUGCAUACGUAUUCCUUUCUCCGAGACAGAUCAACAUCAAUGUCACUUUCAACUUUGAAACGAAAGAAUUUUCAGUUGACGCAACAUGGAAAGUUAAAGAAAUCAUUUCUUAG